AUGACGUUUCUCUCAUGGCUGUUUCCCAAAUUGCCAGAGGGAGCAACAGGACUCAUGAAUUUGGGGAACACGUGCUACUUAAAUAGUGUUCUCCAGUGUCUUUCACACACGGAGUACCUCACGGAAUUUGCACUCCAAUACAAAUUGCCUUAUUACAUUAAAGGCGAUCAACAGCGACACUAUACGGAGUCUGUAGCCGAAUCGAUGAUACAAGUCAUCCAGCAAAUAUACAGCGCGCAAUCGACGAUAUCACCAAAAGAGUUUUUGAUCACGUUUAGAGCGUACAACAAAUCGUUUUGUAACGGCGAACAGAAAGACGCUGCGGAGUUUCUAAUGCUCUUGAUAACGAAGGUCGACUCUGAUUUAAGGAAUCAGACAUACUCGGUACCACCGCCUUCCGUUAUAUCCGCAGACUAUGUCCAAAGCUUUGUGGAUUAUUCGUUGAAGAAUCGGUCGAUUAUCACUCAAAUUAUGGGAGGAAUGAUCCACACCCAUCUCGAGUGUUCCUUCUGCAAAGCGUCCAACGACUUCUCGGAACCAUUCACCAUCAUCCAACUGCCAAUCCAAAUCAUGUUUUCCACUAACAACUGCAAAAUGCCAUACAUCACAUUGUACGACUGCCUGGAAUCGUUCAUGCAGUCGUCGCAUGUCUGUUCAGUCUGUUUCAAACUGCAAACCCCGUAUCGAACAUUCGUCGCAACACCUCCAAUUCUUGUGUUUCAGUUAUUACGAUUCAAACAAACGGAAAAGGGAAGUGAAAAGGAUACAACGCGAGUGUUCUACCCCCUUCGCGACCUUGUCGUCAGUGGAGUGAAGUAUGAGUUGUACAGCCAAAUCAUUCAUUACGGUAAAAUAAACUCGGGGCAUUACACUGCAAAUUGUGUCAUCAAUGGCGAGUGGUUUGCCUUUAACGACGGGUCUGUCGACAAAAUUGAAAAUGCAAAUGUGAUGAAUUCGAGCGCCUAUCUUCUCUUUUACAAAAGGACUGAAACCCCCAAGUAG